AGACAUAGAGCGUCAAGUACUUUUUUUGUUCAGUUCUGUUCAUGACCAUGGCAGUAGGCCUAUGUCUGCGUUUUUGUAUACUGCUAUGGCAUUUUGUGUUGCUCUUGAGAGUGGCGUUACCUGGCAGCGCGCCUCUGAAGUGCGGCCUUGGCUCUAAACUGUGUGAUGACGGCUCCGAAUGUAUUCGCUUCAGCCACGUGUGUGACGGAGAGGCCGACUGCGGGGACAGUUCGGAUGAGAAGGACUGUGAUGUCGGAUGCGGAAAAGACCAGUUUCAGUGCGCCCACGGGAAGAAGUGCAUCGACCUUGGGCAGGUGUGUGACGGCCAGCCCCAGUGUCAGGACCACUCGGAUGAACAGCAGUGUUCAGAGGCCGGGAAGGGCUGCGCCCACCAGUGUAAAGACAAGAGCCGGUGUCUGCCCAAGACGUUCUUGUGCGACGGGGAAAGCGACUGUGUGGACGGCAGUGAUGAAGAUAACUGUGUGGACAUGGAAGCGAAACAGCAGGAAAACGGAGCCUCCUUACCCCCCUUGCCUUCCGCCCCUGAAAACCCGGUACAUUCCCCUAGCCUGCCUGCCCCCAUCAAGUGUUCGUUGGGCGCCAAACCAUGCCAUGACGGCACAGACUGUGUCCUCUACAGCCACAUCUGCGAUGGAGAACUAGACUGCAAAGACGGUUCAGACGAGGAUGAAUGUUCUACUACUUGCCAAACAACUCAGUUCCAGUGUGCCCAUGGUAAAAAGUGCAUUGAGAAGGAGCAGGUGUGCGACGGUGUGUCGCAGUGCCAGGACCGCUCAGACGAGCUGGAGUGCGGCAAGCGCUCAGAAGGCUGUGUUCACCAGUGUGACGAUCAGAGCCGCUGUCUACCCAAGAGCUUCCUGUGUGACGGCGAACGCGACUGCCUGGAUGGUGGAGACGAAGCAAACUGCGAGGAUAAGCAGGAGUGCAGUAACAGUGAGUUCAGGUGUGCCAGCGGCCAGUGUGUGGCGGAGAGCAUGAGGUGCGACGGACACCCUGACUGCUGGGACCACUCGGACGAGAAGAGCUGCACCAGGCCGUCCGUCUGCGCCACCAAGCACCUCUGUCCCCUGAGCAUGGAGUGCCUCAUCCCAGAGUGGGUCUGCGAUGGAGACAAAGACUGCAGAGACGGCACAGAUGAGAAGGAUUGUCCUGUGUCUCCGUUGAAAUGUGGGGAGUUCCAGUGGACCUGUAGCUCCAGGACCAGGUGUAUCCCCAAGUCCUGGCACUGCGACGGCAGGAAGGACUGCGACGAUGGCAGUGACGAAAUGGAAUGUGACGCUGCCACCUGCCCUCCCAACCUGUUCCAGUGUGGCAGCCAGGAGUGCUUGGCGCUGGAACAGGUGUGCAAUGGAAUGACCAACUGUGCGGACGGCUCAGACGAGGGAGGGGCCUGUCUGACCAGGUGUACCGAACAAGACUUUGCCCGCUGUUCACACAUGUGCCACAGCACUCCACAGGGAACGCGAUGUCACUGCACCCCGGGUUUCAAGCUUGCCGAGGACGGAGACACCUGUGUUGACAUUGACGAGUGCGCGGCUGUUAACGAGUUUGCAGACAGUCUUCUGCGCAUGUGCAGUCACCUCUGCGUCAACACGCCAGGCUCCUUCCAGUGCCAGUGUCCCCCAGGCUAUGUCCUGCAGGCAGACGGCCGCCACUGCAAGAUCACAGGAGAGCCACUUAUGCUGUCAUCAGUCCAGACGGACCUGAUCCUGUUCGGCCUGCGUAGUGGUAGUCUAGACGUGCUGCCGUCCACAGCAAAGAAGGCCAUCCUGUCCCUGGACUACGACUGGAGGGAGCAGAAGGUGUUUUGGGCCAGCCUGGACUCUGAAAGCAUCCGGUGGUCCUCGCUGGAUCAAAAGACGAAGGGCACCCUAAUCAAAGGCGUUCGGGCAGAUUCGGUUGCCGUGGACUGGCUUGGGAGGAACCUGUACUGGAUUGAUGGGGUCAAAAGUGAGAUUGUUGCCGUCAGAUUAAACACUGCAACUGCCAAGGCACCAGACUACAGUGUUAUCCUUGAUGAAGACAUGGACCAGCCUCGAUCUCUGACACUAUUGCCACAAAAGGGGCUAAUGUUCUGGACCGAGAUUGGAAAUGUAGCCAAGAUUGAGCGAGCUGGGAUGGAUGGUUCUGCACGGAGGGAGUUGGUAAACACCAGUCUGGGCUGGCCUGGGGGCAUUGCUGUGGACACAAUGUGCAACAGAGUCUAUUGGACAGAUGAGCGUCUAAAGGCGAUAGGAUCAGCCAACCUGGACGGAGAGGACAUCCAGAUUUUACAGAUGAAGGAGACCACCAACCCCUUCUCUCUAGCAGUUUUCAAUGAUCUGCUUUACUGGUCCGAUGCAAAAAGGCGCGUGUUGCAGGUGGCACAGAAGGGAACUGGCAGGAACUAUCAGAUUCUCCUCAAACGACCCAAACAACCUUUUGAUGUUAAGAUCAUUCAUUCGCUGCUCCAGAUGGGCGCAGAGAAUCCCUGUGAGAAGACUCACUGCUCCCACCUGUGUGUGCUGGCCCCAGGCUUCAAGGCCGUGUGCAAGUGUCCUUCUGGGCUGCUGUUGGCGGAAGAUGGUUUCACCUGCUCCAAGCUGAAGAACUCUGCCUUCCUGCUGUUGCUGUCCCCCUCUACAGUCACACGGAUCUACCUGCAGGCUCGACACGCGGCCGUGGAGCUGAAGCAGUGGCCAGAGCACCAGGCCCUGCCCCUGUACAACGUCAACGAGGCCACCAUGCUGGACUACAGCCUGCGGGAGCAAGCGCUGCUCCUGACGGACACGGGCACCACCUCCCUGGGGCUCUUCAAGCUGCAGGACGGCAACCUGUCCCCCCGCGGGCAGCUCCUCAAGCUGCUGGGCGGCACCAUCACCGCCAUGGCGCUGGACUGGCUGACUCUCAACGUGUACUGGAGCAGCACCAAGCAGCCUCGCCUGCAGGUCACCUCGUUCGACGGGGCCCACACCGCCGUGCUCGUCAAGGAGGCUGUCGGCACUCUGGAGAGCCUCGCUGUGCACCCGCCCAGCAGCAAAGUGUGCUUCGUCAACCUGGUCCAACAGGGCAACGCCGGGCCCCUGGCCGCGGUCGAGUGUGCCAACAUGGACGGCAGCAAACGAGGGGCUCUGUGGCAGGACGGCGUGCGGCCCACGUCGUUGCUCUUUGCUAACGAUGGCGGGGAAAUCUUCUGGGCAGAGACGAGUUCUAGUAUCAUCUGCUCCAUCAAGUUGGACGGUUCCGGUUACAAAGAGUUUAAGGUUGGCAGCGGGCUUGCUGCCAUCGCCUUCAGUGAUGACGUGCUCCUCUGGAUGACUAAUAAUAAUGACAAGACCAAACUAUGGUACCGAGAUGGGCAGCAAGAAAAGCAGAUGUGGUUUGAAGUCAGCACAGCUGUGGUCGGCUUAAAGGCGUACAGCAAGUCAGGCCAGACUGGUACCAACCGAUGUGCUGUGAAUAACGGAAACUGCCAGCACUUGUGCUUGGCUAUGCCGUGGUCGCGGACGUGCCGGUGUGCCCACGACCAUGUGGCGCUGAACACCACCCACUGUGCCCCGGCCCGGGGCUGCCCCGCCGGCAGCCGGCUCUGUCUGGACGGGCUGCUCUGCCGGCCCGGUGACAAGUUCUGCAACGGCCACGCCGACUGCCCCGACCAUUCGGACGAGAACUGUGUCCACCUGAAGGCCGGCUGGAGAGACAAGGCCUCGCCUGCCACCAAGCCUCCCGGGUCCCCCCCUCCCGCACCGCGACCAGAGGCACCGACCAUAGCCGCCGGCGCUGAUGACGACCAGCGCCGUAGCCUGGAGGCCAGGACCUGCAGAGACACGGUGUGCAGCGGGAACGGGGACUGCGUGGACCCCAGUGGCCGUACGGGCUGCACGUGUGCACUUGGGUACAGCGGGCCGGCGUGUGAGGACCACGUGCUGAAGAGCCUCUCGGGCCCUGUUGUCUACGGGGUGGCCGGUCUCGUCGUGGGCCUGUUGAUGCUCACGGCCGUCCUGGGGAUCGUCAUCAAGAGGAGGCUGUCCGGCAAUGCAAGCCAAACUAGUCAUGUGAUGAAGGAAACUGGUAUGACUGUCCGUGAGAAGGAAGCGGAGCGGGUCCCGAGGACUCAACCGCCACCACCGGACACCACUGUGGCAGAGGAAGUGGGCUCUCCUCUGGACCAAUGCUGACAAAAUGGAGUUUUUCUGUUUCUGUGAAAUAAACUACAUUUUAAUUAACAGUGUU